AAAUUCUAAAAAUUAGUGUUUUGUUAUCCUGUUUUGAAAUAUUUUUCUAAUAAAUAAACCAAUGGAAAGCUCCUUAAUUUUUUUUGUUAGUCUUUUUUCGUCGGAGAAUGCAAUCAACUAUCGAGAUAAAACAAUCGAUCCAAACGACUUAAUAAGACAUUAUUAUGAUAUUUUAUGGUUUUUUGAGCAGUUUGAUUCGGAAUUUGAAUUUCCACCAUACUAUCUGAAUCACUUCGAAAAUAUCUCAAUUAAAUUUAAAUUAUUCUUGAUGAAGUCAAUAGAAAGCGAUAUUUUGGCUGUUCUUAAAGGUUUAAUAUUUCUUCAUGAAUGGAUGGAAAAAUCAGAUGAUGAGUCACAAUCGAAAGCUGUUUGUUCAUUGCUACUAGCAUAUCAUAUAGAUCCACUACUUACUCAAGUCUCAGAUAAAAAAAGGAGGAACAAACGGUCGAUAAAUAAAUUUUUCACAAUAGAAAUGUUUAAUACUCGUCUUGAUUUCGUGAUGGAUCAUGCCCUAAAAGGAUUAAAAUACAACAGUUCGAUAGCCGUGAUUAUUGGUCAAAAUUAUUGCAACGCCGUUCAAAAUAACCGGGAAUUCUACGUCCACGAUUAUUUAAAUAACUACAAGCAUUUUUUCGUUCAUAAUAAUCCUCGCCUUGUUGAAAUCGCAAUUGAAAGUUUAGAAAAAAUCAUCAAAAAUGCUGAAGAAUAUUCGGAAAAUGUCAAGGAUUUUCUUCUCAAUGAAGAAAACAUUCCACCAUUUUUUGAUUUUCUGAUAAUGCAUAAAAUAGACGAAUAUAUAUUUCUUCUGAUGACUGCAAUAAUAUUCUUUAAAGACCGAGAAUGUAUGUAUGGAAAUGACAAAAGAUUUGUUUUCUAUGAAAAAAAUAUGAGAAUCGGCAAUUCAAAACUGAUAAAUCUCACUUAUCAAAUGAUGGUAAAGUUCGAGGAUAAUCCAUUUCAUCAAUUAGUAACGACUUUCUCCAAUCUUGGACUGUCGCUGAGUGAAAUGAACAAUAUCAUAACUUACAUCAACAUUACGCCACAAAACUUAUUUAUCAACAUUUUCAAAAUGGCAUCUGAAAAUCUAAACGAUAAGAUCAUACUGCAUUAUGCUCAUUUAUUGCUCAAUCAAACAAGCCACUUAAACGAACUUUCAAACUCCGAUAAAACGAAUGUUAAAAAAAGUUUAUCCAAAAUAUUCGCUGCUGAAUUAAAUUCUAUAACUGAAGAAAACUUUAAUACAAUAUUGAUGUUUAUGACUCAAGCACAUCGAUUCAGAGUUAUUGAAGAUCUUCCAGAAUGUCAAAACUUUAUCAACUUCUUGACAAAAGCUUUCAAUCACUAUCAACUGGAACCUACUUUGCAUAAAAUCAUGAAAAUCUUCAGCAUUAUGAAUGAUCGAAGUCCAGUCGCCACAAGUAAAUGUUUAGAAAGCUUAAUUUUAUAUUUCUACGAUGAGUUACUUCGCUCUGAAGCAUCAAUAAUUUUAGGAUAUAAUGUGGAUAUGAAAAGCUUAGAAUUGCCUCUUCUGAAGAUUUCAGUUCUCCUUGAAUUAAGCAACACAUGUACUUUUGGAUUUAUCGAAAUUGAUUCAUUGCUAAUUGUGACUACAAAUCAUCUCACAAACUAUUAUGAUUCCUUAUUCUUAAGCUUUGCUCGACUACGUACAAUUCUUUUACGCAAACUCUGGGACAUCAUUUUAGAAUUAGAAGAUCAGAAUAGUUUGCCUUACGAUUUAACAUCUUUCGCUACAUCUGCUUAUGAACUUUCAGAGGGACUAAUGAAAUUCAUGAAUCGCUAUGACUUGAGCAAAACGCAAGCAUGUAAUGCGUUUAAGUCUAUGACGGGACUAAUUUGUUACUUUAAUCUUCCUUUUAAAACUUUCAAAACUCAAACUUCAGUUAUUUCCCAGCUGGAAAUUACGGAACAGCAAUUCAAGAAAAUUAUACGAUUUGUUGAAUUUUAUGCUUUCUUUACCAAUAAAAGCUGUAAACGAGUCAAAUGGGAAUCGGACAAGGAACUUGAUAAUCCUGAUAAAUUUUUUCAUCAAAAUGAAAUUUUAUUCGCACUUUCAAAAUUGCUGAAGAGAACUAAACAAUUUUCGGGAUUAUUCAUGUUAUUACAGCACUUCAACUACGAUUUUCCGUUUAUUAGUGAGUUGGACCUGAUUCUUCAGAAUUUAUACGAGAACAAAGAUAGUUUUAUUGCAACUAUCGCACUUACAGUUUAUGACUUCGCCAAGCAUUCCAUUGAUAUUGAGGAAUUUAAGAAAUUCUGUUCCUAUCUUAGCGACUUUAUAAUUUUUAGACUAAAAAUUGAAAAGGAAGAAAAGUCGAAGUUUUUAUUGAUCAAUACUAAAAUCUGUGACUAUGUUUUGAAAAAUGUAUUAUCACCUUAUGAUGUAACGAAUAACCAAGGAAGUCAAUUAGACAUUUUAUCGUAUCUUGAGAUUUAUGCUAUUGUCAUUGAUAAUAAAAAAUUAACAUUUUAA